AUGUCGUUCCGAUCGAGAGCAACAUCGCGGAGAAACAUCCUGUCGUGCAUCGUAUCGAAAUCUCUCCAGUUGUACGCACGCAGCAAGCCCGGCCAUGCGCAUUACCGGCUGCAGGACUCUGAAGGACCGAGCAUAUUUAUUGAAACCCAUGCCCGCUAUCCUCGCUAUCCUGGUGCCAGCCUCAUCCUCAUCGGAUCCGCUAUCCUGCAAACCUCCACCAAUGUCCUCGGCCUUCAAGAGGACAACCCCGACAUUGCGGUCGAUCGGACAUAG